GGCAGCUCUCAAUGUUUUAUAUAUAGGCAUUGCGCGCUUUUUUAUCCUUAUAUCUCUUAGUUUAAUACGAAAUUGUUUUGUUUACUCCGUGUAGUUGUUGUUGUUUGUCGAGGAGAGUGUGCUGGUAGCCGAAUGAAUUACGAAUCGAGAUGUCUAAGAAAGUUUUCGCUCCAAGGAAACAGCUCACACUCAGUAGCUUUAUUGGUUUGGAUAAUAAUUCCCAAAGUCAAGCUCAAAAGAAAGUGAACAAUGCUAGGACCGUGCCGAGUGCCGUUUACAAUCCCAUCUUUCUGGACUCCUCAUCGUCUGAUGAGGAACCUACACAGAAAUCCCGUCAAUCGUCGCGGAAGGAUACUGUGUCUCCUAAGAAACAUACCUAUCACAACUUGUCGCAAUCGCCCCUAGCUCCGCCAGCUUCUAAGAAGGAUUCAUCGAAAAACCCCGCCCGGAGUCAGAUUUCUUCCCAAGAAAGUGUGAUACUUGAUGAUUCUCCAAAGAAACUGGAUUCCAAGCUUAAAAAGAUAUCGGGAAAAAGUUUUUUUGAUGAAUCUCCAAAGAAACAGCCACAAAGUGAGAGGAAAGAACCACCGAAGUCCUUUUCCAUCUCCCCGUCUCCGCAAAAGAGGUAUUCCUUUGAAGAUUCACCCAUUAAACAGAAUGGAGGGAAGCAUCAUUUACUUACGUUGCCAGAAUCACCACCGCCUGUUAAAAACUUGGAUGUGCCUUUGUUUAAGGACUCGCCAAUAACUGAAAGAAAGCACACAUAUAAAAGCCUGUUGGAUUCCCCUUCCCCACGGGAAAAUAAUGCCAAGAGGCCACCAAUUACUACCACUCCCACUUUGCUGGACGCUUCUCCUGCUGCAGUUAUUAACCGAAAGUCAGAUUCCUUAUUUGGUGACUCUGACACGAAGAGUGGUCACAAACUUGGUUCGACCAAGGAAAGCCAUAGUCCUAAAAGAUCAAUUUCACCGCCGCUGGUCAAGCAGAUAUCUUCCCUUUCUCCAACACCGGCGGCUCCAUUGAAACCCCGCCUUAGUGUGGCCUUUGACAAUUCGCUGGCCGAUUACCUUCGAGAUCUUGCUCAGAAUGACAACUUUGGUAUAGAUCCAAACCAGCAGAGCGCGGCUGCUGUAAAGACCAGCCUUGGCUUCUUCCGCAGCACCUACGUGGAGCUGAUGGAGAAGUAUUGCGCCUUGAUUGACCAAAUUCCUGCCAUGCACUUCAAUGAAAUCGCAGGCUUUCAGCCAAAUACCUUCCUCAAACUAAAGGUGAUGCGCCAGAAGUUCAAGGCACGGACGCAGCUGCUCCAAAACACGCUGGAAAGGAACGAAAAAAAGCAAAAGGCCGAACAGGAUGCCCUAGAGCUGGAAGAAAUGGAGAUGCAGGCUGAGCAGAGUCGGCUAACGGCCAGUUCCCCGCCACAGAGCAGCAUUCGCGUAACCUCUUUAAAUAAGCUCAUAUCAGGCUCUGAGCUGGAGGAAAUUAAGGAACAAAAAAUGCCGAAGCGCAAGGAGCUUCUUCAGAGUCUUUGCGGAGAACCAGAUGAUUGCUCCCCGCCGCCUCGAAAGCAGAAUGAUGCGAAAGUGCCUAGGAAACGCGAUGAACUCAUACACGACCUCUGCGGGGAUCCGGAAGAUUACACGCCGCCUCCAUCCAAAACGAACAAUGAUCUUCACAUGCUAAGGAAACGGGAGGAACUGAUACACGAUCUUUGCGAGGAGGAAGACGAUUACUUGGCCCAAAGCAUGCUUCUAGACGCCGACAUGGAGGAGGAACAGAUGAACGGGCCCACACAGCCUAACCCAGCCAGCGAAAUAGACGAGGACGACGAUGACUUGGAGGGAUUGCUGGCAGAGAUAGAGAACGAGCACCAGCAGUUGCAGGGCCGCAGGUCCGAGUUCAAUGGCUAUGGCUACAAGGACUUUGAAUCUGUGAGGGUCAAGGAGAAACCGAAGGAGACACCAAGGGAGUAUCCAAAGCCUAAACCGACAACGACAAGUGUUGCUCCCUUAGACGACGAUGGUUUCCCCGCAUACGAUGAGGCCAUGUUCGAGGAAAUGCACUCGCAGGCUGCCGCUAAUUUAACCCACAUGAGUGCAGCACCCAGUAGUAGUCGCAGCAGUCCGCCGGCGAAACUGCCCACUGCCAAGGACUCGCAGAAACUAUCGGGAAAUUUCCAUUCGAAUGUCCACAAUGACGGCAUCACAGGAGAGUUCGAUGGACAGCAUUUUGAGCACUCCACUCGGCUGAUGCACGGGCUGAGCUAUAGCUUUGGCCUGAAGAGCUUCCGACCCAAUCAACUGCAGGUGAUCAAUGCCACGCUGUUGGGUAACGAUUGUUUCGUUCUGAUGCCCACGGGCGGCGGCAAAUCGCUGUGCUAUCAACUGCCUGCCAUCCUGACUGAGGGAGUUACCAUUGUUAUCAGUCCGCUGAAGUCGCUGAUUUUCGAUCAGAUUAAUAAGCUGGCUUCUUUGGAUAUUUGUGCAAAGAGUCUGAGUGGAGAGCAGAAGAUGGCUGACGCCAUGGCCAUCUACAGGGAUCUGGAAUCACAGCCUCCGAUGGUUAAACUUCUGUACGUCACGCCCGAAAAGAUCAGCAGCUCUGCUCGCUUCCAGGAUAUUCUAGACACGCUAAACUCCAAUAACUAUAUUAGUCGAUUCGUCAUCGACGAGGCCCAUUGCGUUUCCCAGUGGGGGCAUGACUUCCGCCCGGACUACAAGAAGUUGGGUAUCCUCAAAAAGCGUUUUCCGAAUGUUCCAACCAUCGCAUUAACGGCCACUGCCACACCUAGAGUCCGUUUAGACAUUUUGGCCCAGCUGAAUCUGAAGCAUUGCAAGUGGUUCCUGUCCAGCUUCAAUCGCAGCAAUUUGAGGUACAAAGUUCUACCUAAGAAGGGCGUCUCCACAUUGGACGACAUCAGUGGCUACAUCCGGACUAAGCCGGCGCACUCGAGCGGGAUUAUCUACUGCAUGUCGCGCAAGGAGUGUGACGAUGUGGCCAAGAAGAUGUGCAAAGACGGCGUCCGGGCAGUGGCUUAUCAUGCCGGACUCAACGACUCGGAGCGCGAAAGCCGCCAGAAGGAUUGGCUUACCGGCAAGGUAAAGGUGAUAUGUGCGACCAUAGCCUUUGGAAUGGGCAUCGACAAACCGGAUGUGCGAUUUGUUUUGCACUUCUCGCUGCCCAAGUCCAUCGAGGGUUACUACCAGGAGGCAGGUCGUGCAGGACGAGAUGGCGAUGUGGCCGAUUGCAUCCUCUACUACAACUACUCGGACAUGCUAAGGAUUAAGAAAAUGCUGGAUGGCGACAAAGCUCUGCAGUACAAUGUCAAGAAGAUGCACGUGGACAACCUACAUCGGAUCGUUGGGUACUGCGAGAACCUCACAGAUUGCCGGCGAGCUCAGCAGCUGGACUACUUCGGGGAACACUUUACCAGCGAACAGUGCCUGGAGAACAAACAGACUGCUUGCGACAAUUGCCUUAAUAAGCGGGCCUAUAAGGCGGUCGACGCUCUAGAGUUUGCGCGGAAAGCAGCCCGAGCUGUCAAGGAUCUGUGCAGUGGCCGAUCCCGCUUUACUCUCCUGCAUAUCUCCGAUGUCCUCAAGGGCUCUAAGAUCAAGAAGAUCAUGGAUUUUAAUCAUGACAAGUCGCCACAUCAUGGUGCUCUUAAAAACUGGGAUAAAAAUGAUGUCCAAAGGCUGCUCCGUAAAAUGGUUAUCGAUGGCUACCUAAGGGAGGAUUUAAUAUUUACCAACGACUAUCCGCAGGCCUACUUGUACUUGGGUCUGAACAUCAGCAAACUCAUGGAGGGCACGCCCACCUUUGAAUUUACCGUGACCAAAAAGGACGCUAAGGCCUCGGUGGGCAGCGUCUCCGAUCAGGGAGCAGCAUCCAACAGUGGUGGCGAUGGUAAGUCAGGUAUGCAGGAGAUCCAUGAGCGAUGCUACACGGAUCUCCUGGAUCUCUGUCGCACCAUUGCCAGCCAGCGGAAUGUGACAAUGGCCAGUAUCAUGAACAUUCAGGCUUUGAAGAGCAUGGCGGAGACGCUGCCGCUCACCGAGAAGGACAUGUGUAGUAUUCCGCACGUAACCAAGGCGAACUAUGAUAAAUAUGGCGCUAAGCUGCUAGAGAUUACCAGCAAUUAUGCCUCGGAGAAGCUGCUAAUGCAAUCUAUAAUGGACGAGGAGGAGGAACAGGCAGCUGCAAAACAGAGACAGAAGCCACAGACGUCCGGUUGGAAUAACAAUGAUAGCGUUGAUUGGGACAGGGCAGUGUCAUCGCAGGGCGGUGGAAACACCAGCAGCGGUAGCGGCGCCUUCAAUUCUUAUCGGGCGGGCAAGCGGAAAAGGAUAUAUAACAAGGGAGGAGCCAGCAAGAAGUACAAAUCAAAUGCAGCAUCGCCCGCGGCCAAGAGGAGUACCUCCGCCCGGGGCGGUCGUGGUCGUGGCAAGGCAGGUGCCAAACGGGCGGAUAGCACAGCUGCCUCAUCAUCAUCUUCAGGCUGGAAAACAAAGAAGACGGGGAGCAGCAUGGGCUUUGAUUUGAUGCCGCUGCCAGGAUCAAAGUAACUAUACUUCGCUAUUAAGAGUUUAUCACUUAAAAUUUUUUACAUAAACUUUCAUUUUGUUAAACAAUAACACCACUAGACUAUAAUAUAUAACAAAUGGAUGCA